AUGGAUACUUUUAACCUAGCAUCAUUACAAAACCAUUUCCCAAGUUCUUGCUUAGAUUUUUAUAAAAAACAAGUACUCACCUGUUCACAUAAAACGUCAAAUCCAGAUUGUCAUAAAACUGAAGCAGAAACUCAAAUAACAAUGACUAAAGAGUGUCAAAAAAAGAAACAUUUAGAAACACAGGAAAAUAGCUUUAUUAUAGGUUCAGCCAAUGACAAAAACAAAAAAUGUCGAAAAACUAUGGAAGACACUCAUGAAUACAUUUACAAUUUUGGAGGGGUGGCUGAUCAAGGAUAUUUUGCUAUUUUUGAUGGGCAUGCAGGGAACCAGGCAGCAAAUUUCUGUAAAGAGCAGUUCCAUGUUAUUUUAUAUGAUUUACUUUGCAAUAUGCCAUCAUCAACAAUCCCUGAUAUUUUUAAUGCUACAUUCUCAUCUGUUGAUGAUGCAUUAGCCAAUCUUCCGUCAAGAAAUAGUGGAUGCACAGCUAUUACUGCUCUUAUACGUUGGGAAGAAAGAUCAUUUACAACAAUUUCAGGCUUACAUGAAAUUCGACGCACAAAACUUCUUUAUACAGCAAAUGUUGGAGAUGCUCGUGCAGUUCUUUGUAGAGGAGGAAAAGCCCAUCGUCUUUCUUAUGACCAUAAAAGUAGUGAUUGGCAUGAAAGUCAAAGGAUUAUUAAUGCAGGAGGGGUUAUUAUUAACAACAGAGUUAACGGCAUUUUAGCUGUUACUCGCGCUCUUGGUGAUACUUAUAUGAAAAAUUUUGUUAUUAGUCGCCCUUUUACAACAGAAACUAUUCUUAUUCCAAAUGAAGAUGAAUUCGUUAUUCUUGCAUGUGAUGGCCUCUGGGAUGUAUGCACAGACCAACAAGCUGUUGAUAUUUGUCGCAAUAUUUAUGACCCAAAUGUAGCAAGCAGAAAAUUAAUUGACUAUGCUAUUUCUCAAUCAAGUACAGAUAACAUUACAACUAUGGUUAUUCGUCUUUUUAAAAACUCAGAAAUAAAAGAAUGCCUUUUUUAA